AUGACCGACAUUGUUGGCACUCCACUUAGGGACAACCAAACUUCCGGAGGAGACCAAAACAUGGCGGCGAUGAACAUGGACAAGAUCGACAUCGAGUCUGACGAGUGGGUCGACGGCUUCUCGGCGCAUGAGCUGUUUGUCAAGAACCGCGGGACCGGGUACACGUAUGAGGACAUUAUUCUGAUGCCGGGACACAUCGGGUUUGGCGUGGAGGAGGUCUCGAUCGAGGCACAGCUCUCGCGGAACAUCACGCUCUCGGCGCCGCUGGUCUCGUCGCCGAUGGAUACGGUGACCGAAGCGCGGAUGGCGAUCGGGAUGGCGCUGCAGGGCGGCAUCGGCAUUCUGCACUCGAACAACUCGGUGGAGGAGCAGGUGGCGAUGGUCAAGGCUGUCAAGCGGUUUAAGAACGGGUUCAUCACCGAUCCGGUCUGCCUCAAGCCGGACGCCACCAUCCGUGACGUGCUGGAGAUCAAGGCCGCGCGCGGCUUUACCGGCAUCCCGAUCACCGACACCGGGGCGAUGGGCGGCGUGGUGGUGGGCAUCGUGACCAACCGCGACAUUGACUUUGUGGAGGACGUGGAGACGCCGCUGUCUGAGGUCAUGACGACGGAUCUUGUGACUGCGCCCGAGGGCGUGGCGCUGGCCGAGGCGAACGCGCUGCUCAAGGCCAAGAAGAUCGGCAAGCUGCCAAUUGUGGACAGCGACGGCCACCUUGUGGGUCUUGUCUCGCGGCAUGACCUCAAGACGUGGCGCGACUACCCGAACGCGUCCGUCGACCACGAGACCAAGUCGCUGCUGGUGGGCGCGGCGAUCGGGACUCGGCCGGCAGACCGUGACCGGGCGGCGGCGCUGAUUGCGGCGGGCGUGGACGUCAUUGUCAUCGACUCGUCGAACGGGUCGUCGAUUUACCAGCUCGAGAUGAUUGCACACCUCAAGGAGAGUUUCCCGACCGUGGACGUCAUCGGCGGCAACAUUGUUACUGUGCCGCAGGCCAAGGCGCUGAUUGAGGCCGGCGUCGACGGCCUCCGCAUCGGCAUGGGGGUCGGCUCCAUCUGCACCACCCAGGAGGUCAUGGCUGUGGGGCGGGCCCAGGCGACGGCUGUGUACAAGGUUGCCAAGUACGCGGCUCAGUUUGGCAUUCCGGUCAUUGCCGACGGCGGCAUCCGGUCGGUCGGGCACAUCACAAAGGCGCUCUCCAUGGGCGCAUCGACUGUCAUGAUGGGCUCGAUGCUUGCCGGCACCGAGGAGGCGCCGGGCGAGUACUUUUACCACGACGGCGUCCGGGUCAAGAAGUACCGCGGCAUGGGAUCCAUCGAGGCCAUGACCAAGGGCUCGGACAACCGCUACUUUUCCGAGGCCGACUCGAUCAAGGUCGCGCAGGGCGUCGUCGGUUCGGUCCAGGACAAGGGCUCCAUCUCGCUCUACGUCCCUUACCUCCGCAAGGGCAUUCUCCACGGCCUGCAGGACAUCGGCGUCCGCUCCAUCACCGAGCUCCGCGACGCGCUCUGGUCCGGCAAGCUCCGGCUUGAGAUCGGCUUGAGAUCCGCUCGCCGGCUGCGCAGCAGGAGGGUGGCAUCCACUCGCUUGUGAGCUUCUAAGUAUCGCCUUUACCCUUUACGGUACGGAAUGGACAAAUCUGUCCAUCGCGCAAGCCGCGCUCCGCCGCGCUCCGCGACGCUCAACGUCCAUGGAUUGUUGUAAAAGAGUAGUACAGUG